CGCGGAUGAUCUCCGUGGUUGCAUGUGAUGCCAUCACCGCCCUGUGGCCUACGUUGUCUCCCGCACUCCACUGCUUGCUCUCCCCUAAAAGAUGACACGAAUGCCGUGAGCGACACAAACCGCCUCUCAGUGCUACCACAAUAUGCCUACGCUGCUGCAGCGCGCUCGCCUCGUUGCAUCCAGAGAUCUCUAGAAGCGGUUCUGGCGCCAACCCAAACCCAAAGAGCUCAAGCGCUGCAUCCGUCGCUGGCUGCCCUCAUGGCCGUCUUCACCAUCCUCAGCUUACUGCUCGGCGUCGUGGUUUUGGGCAGUCUUCUGCCGUUGGGAAUUUAUCAGGUCGGAAAGAUCAUCGGCCUGGUCAUCAAGAGUAAGACUCAGCAUCGAAAGGAUAUUUUGCUGGAACGUGCAGAGAAGGAACAACGUGAGCAAGAGAAGACAGACAAAGUUGGCCGCAAAACAGCAGCAUCGUCGAGCAGUUCUCUGUCAAGCGAGUGGGAUAAGGUCUCAGACGAGGAUGGCGACGAUCGGGAGAGGACACCUGUGCCGAGCAGCUCUGCCAGCUUCGACUCCCACUUCAAUGGUGUGAUUGGCUUCUUCCACCCCUUCUGUAAUGCAGGAGGUGGUGGGGAGCGGGUGCUGUUCGCUGCGAUCCUGGCCACGCAGAGACGCUAUCCGAAUGCUCUAUGUGCCGUUUACACCGGCGACAACGAUGCCACACGAGAACAGAUACUGGCCAACGUUCGCGACCGUUUCGAUAUCGACCUCAAUCCUGCAAAGGUCGUCUUCUUAUAUCUGCAGACACGAGACUGGGUCCUGGCGAGCAGAUGGCCACACUUCACGUUGCUCGGUCAGUCCAUAGGCAGUCUCAUCCUGGGCUGGGAUGCAUUCAACCUGCUCGUACCUGAAAUCUUCGUGGACACCAUGGGCUACGGCUUCGUUUUGGCAUUGUGCCGCUUCCUGUUUCCCAAAGUGCCGACAGGUGCUUAUGUGCACUAUCCUACGAUAUCGACGGACAUGCUGCAAUCUCUACACAACACCACUGGCAACCAAGGCCUCAAUGCGGGGCAAGGAUCAGGCUGGAAAGGUCGAGCGAAGCAGACAUACUGGGAAUGCUUCGCAUCGUUAUAUCGUUGGGUCGGUGGCAGCGUGGAUGUUGUAAUGACGAAUUCCACCUGGACGCAGAAUCACAUCUCGGAGCUAUGGGGCAGAGCGCGAACGAAGCAGAACAUGAAGCACCCAAUUCAGGUUGUGUACCCGCCAUGCCCUGUCGAGGAGUUUCAGAAAAGGAUACCAGUCGAUGCGGCAAGUGAAAAGAGCAGGACGAACAAUAUCCUCUACAUUGCACAAUUUCGCCCGGAGAAGAAGCAUGAGGAUAUCAUCAAAGCUUUCCACUUGUUCCUCAAAGAGCAUUACGGCACGGCAUCAGCGGAGGAGAGGCCGAAGCUGAUCCUCGUGGGCAGUGUGAGGAAUGAUACGGAUGAUGAGAAGAAGGUUUACAAACUCCGCUUACAGGCUCAAGAAGUCAAGGACAGCGUGGAGUUUGUGGUCAACGCCAAGUAUUCACAAGUUGUAGAGUACCUGAAGAGCAGCUCGGUAGGCGUGAACGGCAUGUGGAACGAGCACUUUGGUAUUGGAGUCGUGGAGUACCAGGCUGCGGGUCUGAUCGCGGUCGUGAACGAUAGCGGUGGACCAAAGUACGACAUUGUCGUUGAGAUUGAUGGAAAACCGACAGGUUUCCACGCCUCUACGCCUGAAGAAUUCGCCUCGGGCUUCCACAAAGCUCUCUCGCUAUCGCCCAAAGAAGCCUUUGCCAUGCGACUCCGCGCACGACAGUCCUCGCUACGUUUCUCGGAACAGGUAUUUGCAGAGGCUUGGCUAGGACAGUUGGCGUGUCUCAUAGCGCUUCAGCUUCCGUCGCGAAACUGUUCGGGCGUUGUUAGCUAGUUGAUGGAUUUAUGAAGCGAUUCACAACUAGAUGCUCAAGCUGGAGCUGACUGCCAUAGUCUCAUCAGAUAUGCGAUAAGGUCACGAUUCCUCCAUGUCUCGAAUAGCAUCCAGGAUAGAGACCAUUGCCUUGUCGGCCUGAAUCAGUUCCUCGUGAGUCUUGCGUGAAG